UAUAAAUUGGGUCCCCUCAACGUCUCCACUGUCAAACAUUUCGCUCACCACUAAAAAUUUUCGUUUCGAAUCAAAAUACAGAGAAGAAGAAGAAGAGGAAGAAGACAGACGCGGAGAAUCUAUCAAUGGCCACUAAAGUUUACAUUGUUUACUAUUCCACAUAUGGACAUGUCUUGAGGCUGGCAGAGGAAAUUCAGAAAGGAGCUGCAUCUGUGGAGGGAGUGGAAGUCAAAUUAUGGCAGGUGCCUGAAACAUUGCCGAAAGAGGUUCUCGACAAGAUGCAAGCACCAGAAAAGGGGGAAGCACCAAUAAUUACACCAAACGAACUUGCUGAAGCUGAUGGUUUACUCUUUGGAUUUCCCACGAGAUUUGGAAUGAUGUGUGCUCAAUUCAAAGCAUUCCUGGAUGCAACUGGAGGUUUAUGGAGAACACAAUCACUUUCGGGCAAGCCUGCAGGCAUUUUCUAUAGCACGGCUUCUCAAGGAGGUGGACAGGAGACUACUCCCUUAACAGCCAUUACUCAGCUGGUUCAUCAUGGAAUGCUGUAUGUUCCGGUUGGAUAUACGUUCGGAGCGGGAAUGUUCGAGAUGGAGAACCUCAAGGGCGGGAGCCCCUACGGAUCCGGAACAUUCGCAGGCGAUGGCUCCAGACAGCCCUCUGAACUGGAACUGCAGCAAGCAUUCCACCAGGGAAAGUACUUUGCUGGGAUUGCAAAGAAGCUCAAGGGAAACUGAUUGUUUUCCAUAAUAUUAGUCAUAUAAUUGUUCCUGCCAUGCUAUACUUAAUUAUUUGUUCUCUCCCUUCUAUUACAUAUAUAGCAGUUCUCUGUUGAAGAAUUUGCUAAGUCCUGUUGAAUACCUACUUUGUCUUUGAUUGGAGUAUCUAUUGAAGCUUACACAGCUACUAAACAUUAUUAUAUCUAUUUAUGAAAAUGGCUGGUACAUAUUUCUCACUUGUACCAAAAAAGCAGGCAAAA